CGGUGGACUCGCGACCCGGCCAGCAUCCGACGCAGUUUCACCACACGGCCCGAAUGUUUCUUUUUCGGAUCUUUCUGGUUGACGCUGGCGACGAUGAUUUUGAAUAUGCAGAAAUUUGCCGUGCCGCACACGGGUGCGUGGAUGCUGGUGACGGUGCGUGUGUUGUUUUGGAUGUAUGCGGCUGUGUCGCUGCUCAGUGCUUCUGUGCACAUGGUGGUGAUUGCGCGAUGGGUGCCGGUCAAAGCGGUCGAGUUUCCGGCGGCGGCGUUUAUUCUGAUUUUGAAUGCCAUGCUCACGGGCACGGUGGCGGGGGAUAUUGCGGGUGAUCAACCUCCGGAUCAGAGAUUGCCCAUCAUGGUCGCGGGAGUGGCAUAUCAAGGCUUGGGGUGGAUCAUGUGUGUGAUUUUCCUGACCUUUACCAUUGGGAAUUUGUUGGAGAAUGGUUGGCCCAUGGUGAAUCUGAGGACGGGACUUUUCAUCAUGGUGGGGACUUCGAGCUUUACCAUCGUGGCUCUCAUUAGCAUUGCGAGAGCUGCGCCAAUGGGUUAUGGGUACUUUGCUACGCAUCCGACUGCAGGCGAAGUAGUUCUGAUCUUGGCAACUUGGGUGGGGGUGUUUCUCUGGUUAUUCACCUUCUUCGUCUUCCUGCUAGCUUUCAUGAUCACAAUGGCCACGGUGUUCAGGAAGGAGGACGGGAGAUGGAAGCUGGGUUUGAGUUGGCACAACUCUGCAUGGACUGUUGUCUUCCCAAACGUGGGCUUCACGAUCAGUACGAUAUACCUUGGGCAAGAGUUGGAGAGC